CGAUUCCGGCAGAUCCCUGGCUUCAAAAGCUUCAGGAUUCAGCUGGCUUCGGGAAUCAAAAAGAUUGGCUCGUCCCAUCAGUACUUGCCAUUUCAUUUGAUUUACGAUUGACAUUAUUGACAUUAUUUUGAGCACUUGUUUUUGUUGAUUCUGCUGUCAUCCUCAUCGAUAAAAAACGACCACUUUAAAACACUCUUGACGUUACUGGCUGAGAAAAUCUGGCAACGGUGAUACCGUCAGCUGUUGUGUGAGUGCUCGAGACUGUUUGAAAAUUGAAUGAGUGAAGCGAACGCAAUUUUGGAAGUGUUAUCAAGUUGACGACAUGGCCAUGCUAUUGAACUAUAUUCAAUACCAGAAUAAUAUUGGUAUUUAUCAGCAAAUUAAUUUGGCCCAAGGGGAAGUUUCGAAUCGCGCUACAAUCAAAGAAUUUAUUUUGGCGCAGUUCGUGGUUGACGUUGCAAAUAACCCAUACACACUAUGGUUCGAGGAUAACAAUGGGUAUUGGUAUCGGCUUGACCCUGGAAACACAAUUCGACAGUCUUUCCACGUGGCACGGACACGUUUAAAUGGACGAAGAAAUGUGGUUUUGUGUGUGUGGCAUCAACAUGACUCGAAGCCAAGCAAUUGGACUUCCCCAAGUGUCAAGUGUGAAGUGAAAGAUGAAAAAUGUUUGGCUUCAAGCCAUGUAUAGGAAACAGCGGUGUGUGAAAAGCCGCGAGGCAUUUGCGGUAUCUCACUCAACCCGUGACAUUGGCUCACUUUUCACGUGGUCGUGCUCGAAACCAUGGGAUCCUCAAACAAAGUCGAGGACUUUCGAAGUGAUGAAUCUCAAUACGGACGCAAACACGAGCACGACGAGGAUUUCCAUGGACCCAUUAACAAGCGAUCUUGCACGGACGUGAUCUGUCUCUUACUUUUCUUGGUCUUUUUGGGAGCUUGGAUUGCAGUGGCCGUUUACGCUUUUGCCAAUGGAAACCCUCAAAGGCUCAUUUAUCCGUCUAAUUCUGAUGGAGAGAUAUGUGGGCGCGGCAAUUACACUGAGAGCCCCAAGCUGUUGUUCUUUGACUUGUCUCGAUGUGCCAGACUCUCGUCCGUAACCGGAUGUCCUACUCCUCAGGUGUGCGUUAAGGAAUGUCCGAACGAUUUUGGCAGGCCUUGGGCGGAAAUCAAUGACGCUGGAAAUUCACAAACGGAUGUUAAGCGCAAAAUGUUCCCAUUUUGUGGACCAAAGAUGGCCGAGUCUCAAAUUACGGAUGACAGCAUCACGGUCAAAGAGCUCAUUCUUCAGAAGAUCUGCCCUCCCUGGUGGGUUCCAUCCAAAACUCUCUUGGGCCGUUGCAUACCCAGCUUUCAGACCACAGAGGAUAAUCAGCCCAUGACAAAUGAGACCGUCAUCAUUGAUUCCAACGAGACCCCAGAGAACGAGAUCGUGGAUGGUGGAGUUUUGAAGAAGGCUGUGAACUAUAUUGGCAAAUUAAUCGAUGUGCGAUCGUUCGGAGAGAGAAUCUACAGUGAUCUGGCCACCACGUGGUGGAUGAUCAUAUUGGCAUUGAUUCUCGCUACAAUUUUAUCUUUGGUCUGGAUCAUUCUCAUGAGAUUCGUGGCUGCCGUCAUGGUUUGGACCUCGUUGAUUUUGUCGGUCCUACUUCUGUGUGUGGGAAUCGUUUAUUGCUAUUUCCGCUAUUCUCAGCUCAAGGACGAUCCAAGUCCAGAUGAUUCGUGGCUGAACGAAGGGUUUUCGUCCAAUCUCAGUGUCUAUUCCGAGUUAUCUACCACGUGGCUCGUUCUCCUAAUAAUAUUGGCAGUGGUCCUCCUCAUUGUCUUGAUCAUUCUUAUAUUCUUGAGGAAGAGAAUCAAAUUGGCCAUUGAACUCAUUGAGGAAGGAUCUAUUGCCGUUGGACACAUGAUGUCCACACUCAUUUUCCCAGUUGUUCCGUUCUUUUGUGAUUUGGUGGUGAUCGCUUGGUUCGUUCUCUUGGCCGCCUUUUUGGCCUCCGUUGGAGAACAAAGCUUUAUGUUAAACAUUUCCAACUGCAAAGACCCAAGUGCCGUGUCCAACUAUCCUAGAAGUGGCUACAAGUGUGACGGCGAGAUCCCUCCCGAAAAUGUGACCAUUUUGUGUCCCGAGGCUCGUUGCGAUUUCUUCAAAUAUGGAACCACACCAAUGGCAAACUAUCUUCAGAUUUUUAAUGUAUUCGGCCUUCUAUGGGGUCUUUUCUUUGUGUCAGCCAUGGAGGAGAUGGUCAUGGCUGGAGCCUUUGCCGCUUGGUAUUGGACCUUUGACAAGAAGAAUUUGCCCUCUGCUCCUUUGACGAGGAGUUUUGGCCGAACUUUUCGAUAUCAUUUGGGUACACUAGCCUUUGGUUCGUUGAUAAUUGCCAUAAUUCGCAUGAUCAGAUUGGUGAUCGAAUUUAUCGAGCAGAAAAUGAAGGAGCACCGCCAAGACAACCCUUUGGUCAAGGCAAUUUUGUGCAUGUGUCGGUGUUGCUUUUGGUGCCUGGAAACCUUCAUGAAAUUCAUCAACAGAAAUGCAUACAUUAUGACAGCAAUCUACGGGCGGAACUUUUGUUGGUCUGCCAAAGAAGCGUUUUCCCUUCUCAUGAGAAACAUUGCGAGGGUUGCGGUCUUAGAUAAAAUCACAGAUUUCUUACUUCUUCUGGGAAAACUGGUCAUUGUUGGCACCAUGGGGGUGUUGUCAUUUUACAUUUUUAGUGGCCGGAUUGACAAGAUCCAAGUGGAGGAUCUCAACUACUAUUUUGUGCCAGUGUUUGUCAUCAUAGUGGGAUCAUUCUUCAUUGCCGACGUAUUCUUCGACGUCUACGAAAUGGCUGUAGACACGCUGUUCCUUUGUUUUCUCGAGGACAUUGAGAGGAAUGAUGGAUCCGCUGAUAAGCCUUAUUACAUGUCUAAAGAUCUCAGAAAGAUAUUGAAUUAUGUCAAGGACAAUUCUCGUCCGCCCACGGCUAAAUCAGAAUGAUCAACUUGUACCUUGACAUGCGCUCUUACCAUCAAGACUGUGUAGGAUAAUGCCAUUAGAAAUGAAACUUUAUUGGAGAUCUA